UGUACAGAGUAGGCUAAACCCGCGGGCGACUGGGGUAGCUGGAGCGUUGUAGCACAGCGCUGGUUUUCCAUAGCAGUCCAUAGAGUGACUGCAAAUGACAUAGCACUCCAUGUGACUGUAAAUGACAGCACGUUUUGUUAUAUCUCCUUCCAAAACAUGAGUGUCUUUUUUUUUUAUCUCACAAAGGAAGAAGAUUUUGAGGGAUGACCCCUUCGAAUUGAGCCCUUGCGCGCGCUCAUAUUUAGACUACACACACGCUCGCGCGCUUAAAAACGCGCACAGACCGAGUGCCACGCUCUUUCUGUCCCAACUAGUGGGAAUGCUGAAGAUAUGGGUGACUAUUGAAAAAUGCAUUGUUCUAGUCCUCCUUUACUCUCCUGUUUGCGUCUCGGCGCCGGGGACAGGACCAAAAAGUGGAGUUGGGUGGGGCGGCAGACUCGGAAGCCUCCAGCACUUGACUUUGCUUUGAUUUCGGCAGACACGAGAACGCAGCAGGGAGAGAGACGAGGGGGGUGGAGUGGCGAGUGAGUGCAAAGGGGCAGGACUUUUUCUCUCUCCUCUAUUAAGAGGAAACUUUUGUGUUUUGUUCUCCAAGUUCAGCUCGGUCCUCAAGCCGUGUUCUCCGCUGCUCCUUUCUUCCAUCUUCGCUAUUUUCUUCCAUUCCCUCCGAUUCCUUAAUUUUUCUGCGUUUUUACACUUUUCAUUGCAACUCUGGAUAUCGAGAUCAUGCGCAUUCAAAUGGGACCUGUUCUGAAAAUUGUUUGUUCUUUGUUUUCAUUACUGUUUUAGUUGGAAUAUAAAUGUUUCGCCGUGCACUGCUUGUUUUGGGGUAAAGAUGACCCGUGUCUUUUGUGCUUUUGCUGGAGUCAUGUUGGUGUUUCGCAUUCUUUUGCUGUGCAUCGUGGAGAUGCAUACUGACUGCGAUGCUGUGCUCGCCGCCGGUCUCACCACUUUCAGGGCUUUCGCUCCACCUGCACAAGAGGGUGUUGUACGGACCGUCGAUCGGAUUUACCAUGGGGGUGGGAAGGUUGGUUACCUACUCUACAUGGAUGGGAGAAGGUUUCAGUUAGAUAUGGAGAGGGAUGAGUCAAUUUUGUCACAUCACUCCAGUCCGAAAUAUGUGAUGGCCCUGAUGGGGGCGGGAGCAGGCGCCGCGCCUCUGCACCGGGAGUGUGUUUACCGGGGAACCGUGGACUCCAACCCCGAGUCCCUGGCGGUUUUCAGCCUCUGUGGUGGGGGUCUAGAGGGAUUUUUCGCUUUGAAACACGCACGCUACACAAUCACACUUCUCAUCCGAACCAAGGGACACGAUAACGACGUGCGUUCGCUGGUUGACAAGGAUGCGGAGAGCGCGCUCCACUACUUCACGCGGGAGAGCUUCAGCUUCGAAGCCAUGCCUGUGAGCGAGAGCUGUGGGACCAAGGAAGGGCGCGGGCGCAUGGAUGCAUCGAGGAAACACCGGCGUAAGGGUCGAGGGAACGGGAAACGCGACCGGCAUGGUGUCACCCUGGACAGGGGCGAGGAGCGCAGCAGAGCGCAAGGCAGAAGAUGGUGGACACAGUUGGCCAAACCUGCCUCUCCACCCUCGCUGGGAAGUCGGCGCAAGAGGUCGGUUUCGCGCGCUAGGCACGUGGAGCUCCUGCUGGUCGCCGAUGAGUCCAUGUCCAAGAAGUACGGCAAGGACCUGCACCACUACCUGCUCACGCUGGCCUCCAUCGCUUCCAAGUUGUACGGCCAUGCCAGCAUCGAGAAUCCCAUCCGUCUGUCCGUUGUGAAGGUGAUCAUGGUCACGGAGAAGGAGAAGGGGCUGGAGGUAUCCAAGAACGCAGCCGCCACCCUCAAGAGCUUCUGCAAGUGGCAGAACCAGCAGAACCCACUGGACGAUGACAACCAGCACCACCACGACGCCGCCAUCCUCUUCACCAGGCAGGACCUGUGUGGACACCACUCGUGUGACACACUGGGCAUGGCCGACGUUGGCACCAUCUGUUCACCAGAGAGGAGCUGUGCCGUCAUAGAGGACGACGGACUCCAUGCCGCCUUCACCGUGGCACACGAGAUAGGUCACUUGCUGGGCCUGUCUCACGACGACUCCAAGUUCUGCGAAGAGCGUUUCGGGGCCAGCGCGGACAAGCGUCUCAUGUCGUCCAUCCUGACCUCCAUUGACGCCUCCAAACCCUGGAGCCGCUGCACCUCAGCUACCAUCACUGACUUCUUUGACGAUGGCAACGCCGAGUGUCUCCUGGACCCCCCUCGCCAGCCCCUGCUCGGCUCAGAGGAGCUGCCCGGCCAGAGCUACGACGCUGUGCGCCAAUGCCGCCUGGCGUUUGGACCUGAAUACACGGUCUGCCCGGGCAUGGACGUGUGCGCCCGCCUGUGGUGCGCAGUGAUACGCCAGGGGCAGAUGGUGUGCCUGACCAAGAAGCUGCCCGCUGUGGAGGGCACGCCGUGUGGCAAGGGUCGCAUCUGCCUCCAGGGCAAGUGCGUGGACAAGACCCGGAAGAGACACUACUCGGCAUCUAACCAUGGUAGUUGGAGUUCGUGGGGUCCGUGGGGGGCAUGUUCGAGGACGUGUGGUGGAGGGGUGCAGUUCGCCCAGCGUCUGUGUAACAACCCGCCACCCCGAAACAAUGGGCGCUACUGCACCGGCAAGAGAGCCAUCUACAAGUCCUGCAGUGUCACCCCGUGCCCCUCGCCCAGUAAGAGUUUCCGCCAGGAGCAGUGUGAGGUGCGGAACGGCCCCCAGACAGACCCUAAGGGGGUCAAGACCUUUGUGGAGUGGGUACCCAAGUUCGCAGGAGUGCUGCCUAAAGAUGUGUGCAAGCUGACCUGCCGGGCCAAGGGCACAGGCUACUAUGUAGUGUUCUCGCAGAGGGUGGUGGACGGGACAGAAUGCCGGCCGUACAGCAGCUCAGUGUGUGUGAAGGGCAAGUGUGUGCGUACCGGAUGUGACGGCAUCAUUGGCUCCAAGCUGCAGUUUGACAAGUGUGGCAUCUGCGGAGGGGACAGCACUGGCUGCAUCAGAGUGAUAGGCAACUUCACCAAGAAGAGUAAGGGCUACACAGACGUCGUGAAGAUCCCAGCGGGCUCCACCCACAUCAAGGUCCGCCAGCACAAGCCCAAGGACCAACCCCGUUACACAGCCUACCUGGCCCUGCGUCGUCCCAGUGGCGACUACCUUCUCAACGGCAAGUUCAUGAUCUCUACCUCAGAGACAGUCAUCCCCCUCAACGGCUCGGUGCUCAACUACAGUGGCUGGAGCCAGCGGGACGAGUGGCUACACAGCAUGGGCCCUGGGGCCCUCAGAGAGGCCCUUACAGUUCAGAUUCUGGCCACGGACGCCAAGAGGCCCCUGGAUAUCCGCUACAGCUUCUUCAUGCCUCGUCGUGUUUCGGCUCCACCACCGCCACCUCCUCCGCACACCUCCACAACUACACCCACCACUACUACUACAACAACCACCUCUGCUAGAUCAAGCAGUAGAACCACAUCGGCCCUGUUUUCGGCUCUGGCUCUCUCUAGAGCCCCAGGGGUGUCGACGGCGGCCUCUGGGCCCCAGUGGGUGACUGGCCCCUGGAUGAUCUGCUCCAGGACUUGUGACACGGGCUGGCAGAGCCGCACGGUGCAGUGCAAGGACCCGCAGGCCAAGCUGGCCAAGGGCUGCCCUCUGGGCGACCGCCUCUCCGCCUUCAAACAAUGCCUAGUGAAAAAGUGUUGAGAUGACCAGAAACUAGACUCCCAUGAAAGUAGGGGGUACACACAGACAGAGACACUGGCUAUUGACAGUCAACCCCUCCUCUUCCUUACCCCACACCCUACUAUGCCAGGCCCUGCUUGGGACAGCUACAGACAUACGGCGGAUACAUGUGAACACUUCCGAAUAGUGCAGCCGCCCAAUCAACCCCCACUUGUCAAAUCCCUCCUCUAUCUGAAGGUUUCGUUUGUAUUCCUCUGUUAAUGACACUUUUUUGUUUGCUUUUCUGUAUGUUCUUGCUACUGUGGGUUUUUCAUGAUUGUCCGCUUUGUCUCUUUGUCUUGUGUGACUGCGCACCUCUGGACCAUGGGCCUCCGUACUAGUCUGUUGUGGGGCACUUUUUCUCCACUUCCGUUCGGGGUCCCCUUUUUUCUUUUUGCUCCUCCCACGGCCGAUUCUCCACAUAAGAUUGGUCUAUCCAACUUCCUGUUUUGGAUUGCGGACCAGGAAGUAGCCUGGGGGCACAACCAAGAGCAAACGAUCCGUACUGUAACCAGUCCAGAAAUGGGGUUGAACCGCACUGCAAACAUCCCAGGUCAGAAAAUGGACAUACAGUGAUAGACUGAGUUGGGGCAGAGUUGUGCCCAACAGCUAGUGCUGAGCGAUUAACCUACAUUUAGUUUAUUAUUUUGGUUUUUAAACAACUAAUUGACAGACUUUGUUUUCAUUAUUUGGAUUCCAUGUAGUUAUGUUUUUUUUCUGUGGACUCAAUGUGCACAUUGAUCAGUUUCUCUAGAAAUAAUUCAGAUCAAGCGUGGGAUAGAGAGCAUUUACUUAGCGAAGUAUCUCUACCUGAAAAUGCAUAGUCUAAGUGGUUGGUAGUUGGUAUUCAGCAGGCAUAAAAGUAUGCAGGCAUAAAAGUCACUAUAAUUAUUACUUGUUUUAUUCUGUGUUACAGCAUUCAACCCACCUAAUGCAUAGUGCAUUUAAUGUUUUCAAAAAUGAUUGAAAUCGAAAACCAUGAUUAUAUUUUAAUAAUCGAACCGAAACCGAACCGACCUCAAAAAGCACUAAUCGCUCAGCACUACCAACUGCCAAUUCCCAGUGACCCCUAUAGAGUGACACUGGGCCAAGAGACCAUGGUGACCCUUCAACUCUGACCUUUGUGGAGGUUAAAGGUUGUAAUUAUAUAGGAUUACAUAAUGAGUGGGGCUAAGCUUGACAUUUGAGUGUUUGUCUUUGUGUGUGUGUGUGUGUGUUUGUUUAUAUUGUGAACAUACAAGUGUGAACAUAUAGUGUUUUUGUCAUACUCAGUGUCCUAAACUCUGUUAAUGGACUUUAACCCUCAGUUCCAUUUGUAUCACUAUGCGGGUGCUAGAGGGCCGCUACCAUUUUGUCACUGUGUUUAUUGGCUCUCCACGUCUGUCUGUCUUUCUGUCUGUUUGUCUGAUUAGGAAAAAAAGCAAUUCUUGCUAGUAUGACAAUGUGUGCACUGGAUACUCGCAAAUACAGCAAGAGGGAAACUAACCCAGUCAUACCUGACCAAAUACACUUCUACAACUCGUUCUCUCUCUCUCUCUCUCCAUUUCUCUCUCUCUCGCUCUCUCUCUCUCGCUCUCUCUCUCUCGCUCUCUCUCUCUCUCCAUCUCUCCAUCUCUCUCUCGCUCUCGCUCUCUCCAUCUCUCUCGCUCUCUCUCUCUCGCUCUCUCUCUCUCUCUCCAUCUCUCUCUCUCUCCAUCUCUCUCCAUCUCUCGCUCUCGCUCUCUCAUCUCUCUCGCUCUCUCUCUCUCUCUCUCCAAUCUCUCUCGCUCUCUCUCCAUCUCUCGCUCUCUCUCGCUCUCUCUCUCUCUCCAUCUCGCUCUCUCUCUCUCGCUCUCUCUCGCUCUCUCUCUCUCGCUCUCUCUCUCUCUCUCUCUCUCGCUCUCUCUCGCUCUCUCUCGCUCUCUCUCUCCAUCUCUCUCUCUCUCGCUCUCUCCAUCUCUCUCACUCACUCCCCCUCUCGCUCCCUCUCCAUCUCCCAUUCAACAUAUUGACACGUUCCUGUUUAAGCUAUCCAUUUCUCACACUCAAGUCUUUCUCUCACUCUGACAUCCACUACCAUCCAUUCUCCGUCAUCCCUCUAUCCCUCACGAGCUUGUAAUGCUAAACCACACCCCUUUUGACGGGUGGUGAUAGACAUGCAAUAUAGCGGAUACAUAUGGGAUCUUGCAACACAGGCACAACUCACUAUUUGUCAUACACAGGCACAGACACACAUUCACAUAAAGAAUACACAACACCCCCAAAUGACUUAAUUAAGAGUAUUUUCACUGUAUUAGGCCCACAUUAACGCAUAAUACACACAUAUGUAUACACACAUUUGAACUUGCACACUACAAUACACAUUUAGAUAGAAACACCAGUAUCACAUAUGUACAGAAUACAUUUUGCACACACACAUAAAUAUGUAAAGAAAAUUAAACCACACGCAUGCAUGCAAACACACACACACACCAAUAUACUGUAUAUGUAUUACUGUUUGACUCUUCCCAUGGGAAAAGACCCUUUCGUUGAACGACAGAAACACAGCACUGAACUUGUAAUUUAUUGUUUGUACAACUGGUAUGUGAAAAAAAACCAUGUGAUGAAUUUAUUUAUUAUUAUGGUAAUGUUGUAUCAUAUUUACUAUUUAACUAAGAAUAUGACUGUGCAGAAUAAUUCAUUUUGACGAAAAUUGUGUUUUCUAGUCAUCUACAUGAAUAUAUGUAUAUAAAAUGUAUAUAUUUAAAA